CACUGCUCUGCUCUGUCUUCAUACACGCCAAGAUGAGCUACGGAUCUGAAUCUUUUUCCGCCUCCUCCUACCGGAAGAUUUUCGGGGAUUCUCCCCGUUAUGCAUCCUCCCCUUCUCGGACAACGGGGAACAUGCCUUCCCGGGCAGGUUACCGGUCUUCCUCUGCGUCCCGGACCAACGCUUCUUCCAUGGGCUCUUACAACAGAAAGUCCGGCCGCUCCAUGCCACUGGAGAACUUCGACCUGACACAGAGCACCGUCCUCAACAAUGAGUUCAAAAUCGUCCGCACCAAUGAGAAGGAACAGAUGCAGGGUCUCAACGACCGCUUUGCGAUGUUCAUCGACAAAGUGCGCAACUUGGAGCAGCACAACAAAGUGCUGGAGACGGAGUUGACUGCUCUGCGCCAGAGGCAGGCCGAGCCGUCCCGCUUGGCUGAGCUCUACCAACAAGAGAUCCGCGAACUGCGCUCCCAGCUCGAGGAGCUGAACGGGGAGAAGUCCCAGCUCGUCAUCGAGAGGGAUUGUAUCGAAGAUGACCUGCAGAAGCUCAGGGGAAAAUAUGAAGAGGAGUACCGCACCCGGGAGGACGCGGAGGUCACCCUCAAGGCUUUUAAGAAAGACGUGGAUGAUGCCACCAUGGUGCGCCUGGACCUGGAGAAGAAGGUGGAAUCUCUGCUGGACGAGAUCAACUUCCUCAGGAAGGUGCACGAGGAGGAGGUGGUCGAGCUGACGGACAUGAUCCAAGCUGCCCAGGUGUCCGUGGAGAUGGAGGUGUCCAAGCCGGACCUCACCUCCGCCCUCAAAGAGAUCCGAGGCCAGUACGAGUCCAUGGCGUCCAAGAACAUGCAGUCCGCAGAGGAGUGGUACAAGACCAAGUUCGCUGACUUGUCCGACCAGGCUACCCGGGGUAAUGACGCCAUCCGUGCCAGCAGGGAGGAACUAAACGAGUUCCGUAGGCAGCUGCAGUCCAAGACCAUCGAGAUAGAGAGUCUGAGGGGAACCAACGAGUCUCUGGAAAAGCAGCUGCGGGAGAUGGAGGAGAGGCACAAUGGGGAGAUUGGAAACUACCAGGACAACAUGAUCGAGCUGGAGAACGACCUGAGGGCCACCAAGGGCGAGAUGGCUCGUCACCUGAGGGAGUACCAGGAUCUGUUGAAUGUCAAGAUGGCACUGGAUAUUGAGAUUGCAGCGUACAGGAAACUCCUGGAAGGGGAGGAGACCCGUAUCGGGACCGGGAUCAGCUAUCCCGGCUCCUCCGUGAGUGCUAGUAUGGGGCAGGGCUACAACUACCAGAGCCGUAUUUACAGCAGCUCCAGCAAGAGCCCCAAGAUCAAGGACGAGGAGCAGCAGCAGAGCAAGUCUGGAGGCAAGGUGAUCCAGCGUGAGGUUUAUGAGGAGACAGUGGUCACCUCCAAGAAGAUGGAGAAGCAGCAAGACCCCAGCGAUAGUCCCACCAAUCAGAACAACUAAGAGCCGAUACUGUAAGCUAGUUUCUGACCCUUUUUCCUGCAUAUCUCUCUUCAUGUUCCAAGCUAAAACAAACCCUGAGCCUUUACUCUUCAGCACUUGUGGGGAUCUAAGAUGAUAGUCUUGCCUCCGUAUUACAAGCAGAUCGUCAUGGUUUCUAACUGCACCAUUGGAUGUCCACAAGUGUGUAGAGUGCGGGAUCUAGAUGUUUGUUUGUCCUUCCUUAUCCCCCUUUUCCCUCCACAUGUGUUCCCCAAAGGAAAUCCAUUAUAACUCUACUGUAACAAUCACUCUAUACAAAACCACAGUUCCUCUCUCUUUCUCGUUCACACACUCAACAUAAAACAAUAACAAGCACUUAGGUAGCAUCUCUUACAGUAGUAUGGUCUUUCAGAAUAUAAUAUUCGACCGGUCUGUCACACUUUGGGCUCAUGUUGUAUCAUUACGUGAUACUGAAACACGGUAGAUAAUAAUAACUCUGGUUGUUCACUACUACCACAAGCUGUGAGAUAAUCCCAACACAUUCCAAUGGAAGCAUGUGUGUGCAUCCACUUAUACAAUACAAACCUGCAACAGUUUAGUGAGGAAGCACACAGUCUACAGUUCAAGGAAACCAGCCAGGAUAAACAAUAAUAGAUGAUAGUGUAUUGCUGAGCCAAUAUUUUGAGUCUCUUCAUAAGUAAAAAUGUCUCCAUGCACAAGUUCUUCAAUGGUUUGACUGUGGUCCAAUCAGCUCUGCAUGACAACAGUACGGAGGAGUCAUUCUCUUUCAACUCCUUUUUGAAUUUCACCGGUAAAGUUUAAUUCCCGAAAGUGGAUUCCCGUAGCUAUUUAAAUUAAAUUGAAAGCAAACUGAAAGAAAAAUAUUAAUCAAGCAUAAUUUGCAUGGUGUAUGUAGAUGUCAUGCUUGCAUGGACUCCAUUGGCCCAUCGCUCGUUCGACAUGAUGUCAUUGUCAAAAGGCCGACACAUGCCUUCCUUUUCACCAUCUCCCAUUGCUGAGCAUCAUCAAGCACAACCCUCAUUAAUAACUGUAAUAGACUUGCACUUAUUAGCCUGUAGGUGAGGUAGGACUUAGGUAUGUGUCAUGAGCUCUGUCAUGUGCUAUGAAGGAUACAGGGACAAAAGGGGAACAUUGUAAAGGACGCAAAAUGCAGCUAAUACGAUGGAAGUGACUGGAAGUGAUCUUUCUCUUGAAACAGUCCAAUCAUUUAGAGACUGAAUGAAGCUUUCGCACAAAUAUACGAGAUUCUCUAUGAUCCAUCUAGGUUGUAUGCAUAUUCAACAUAUUCAUAUUGCCAUCAAUGAUGUUUGAAGCACAUUUGAGCCCCAGAAUCCAUACCAUAUCACUCAGCCAGAAGAAAACCAUGCCAUCAACUAGGGCUGGGUACCAAUAGAGAUCUUAAUUUGUUACCUUUUUCCCGCCUACUUCAUUCAAUACCAAUCAUGCGAAUGGAAGUAUUCAGCUGCGUAAAAUGCAACCACCACAUCCAAAAGAUUUUUACCGAAUACAUUCUAAAAGGGUUCAAACAAUUCAAAUGUUUAUUUAGACUGCGCUCAACUUCACCACAGAUUGCGUGGGCCAAUCAAAGAACGCUUGAGUUGAUUGGCUGCGAGCAAAACUAUACAAAUAGUUUUUCUAGAUCUGGGUACAAAAAGGAUCAAAUGCAGAUAUCGUUUGACUGGAGAUAUUUCUAAACUAUUUAUUUUGGUCGAUAUCACCGAUACCCAGACCUACAAAUUAACGCUCAAAACACGUCACGAAGUCGGAAGCUGCCACACCGCGCGUUUGAAACAACUUGACUUCUCUCUUUAUAACUGUGGCCAUGACUGAAUAAAAUGUGUGUUGUAGUACGACCUCACCACUAGAUAUCCCUCAGUAUGAGAGACAUGAGUAUGGCUUGUUUUUUUCUGCUUGUGCACUGCCGACUUUAACACAGCUUAUUGUCCUGCUGCUGGUCAUAGCGACCCACGCCCUGACAAACUACACUUACAAUGAAAACAGAAAACUGAAUGUACGGCAGACUGCUCUGGAUCGGGUUCCUGUUGUUUUAGUCGAGGCUUGUGAUAAGUAUUUUAGUGCUGGAGGGAGUUUGUCUGUAUCUCUACACAGUGGCCUAUCAUAACUGGAGUUAUUCAGGGGGGGGCAGCACAUCUGAAAGUUGGGCAUUAUGUUUAAUGGAUUACUGAAUUUGAGUGUAAAGCAGAAGAACAAAUCUCAGAUCAUGUUAUAGUAUACAGCUAUAACAAUAGAUGAAUGUUUCAGGAUUGCAAAUGUCAAGCCUUUUAUCUUUACACUGUAAACCAAAAGAGUUUUCACUGGUGUCUGAAGAGAACACAACGUCACUACUGCACUGCCAAACUUCAUGGAGAAAACAUCAAGCAUUUCCUGAAAACAUAGUUUGUCACCAAUAAAAAACCAACAAUCAAGAUUUAGCCAUAGAACAAAUAACUGUAGGAUGUGAAAUGCCUUAAAACACCAGCAGCUUUUUUUCUGGUCGUGUGUGAUGUGUAUGAUUCUGUCCAGUGGGGUGUUAAACAUUAUUAUCUCUUAGCGCGACCAUGACUACAACAAGCAUAGGGAUUGAAUGUAGUUGACAUGCUUUUCUCUUUACUGUUAUUACUAUGUAUUGCUGUACGACACCAUAUAUACCAAUAAAGACUUGACAUUAUUGAGGCUGCA